AUGAACGACGUCAAGAACCGCAUCGUCAAGCAAAUCCAACAGAACCCAGCCACGGCCAUGAACUGGCUUCUGGUGCUCGCCUGCAUUCCUCUAGUAUGGAGGAUCACCUACCCGCUGCUCCCCGCGAGCAUCACCGAGCCGUAUGCGUACUGGGACCCCUCGCUCCUCAACACGGCCGUGGACAACCGCCUUCCUCGCUGGAGGAACAUGGGCUACUGGGACAACACGACCGACUUCACCGCUGCCAAUGAAGCACUCGCUCGCCGCCUCCUCACGUUUGCCGAUGCAAAGACUACGGGCAACACGCUCGACAUGGCCCACGGCGAGGGCGAGAGCCUGUUGAUCCACCUCAAGACUGGUCCGCCCAACCGCCUCGACGCCCUCACGUCACUGGCAUCGGAGACGCAUGCUUCACAGAUUCUCGUCGGGCACUGGCAGGAGGACUACAAGGACAAGACCGACGUCACUUGGUUUACAAUGUCCGCCUCGUACCGCGCCAACAAGGACUUUGACCACCCCCUCAAUCCGAUGCGUGGUUUCACGGGCUCGAAGCGUGGGGGUGAGUCUGAGCCUGAGCCCGAGGCUGGCGAUGUGUAUCGCGAUGCCGCCGAAGACCAGGUCAUCUUUGACGACGCCGACUUUGUUGGAGAGGGAGACGAGAACAUUGAGGCUGAACACCCAGCUCAAGCGUCGCAGGCUCCCGAGCCUUACGACCUGGUCUACGUUCUCGACGCCGCUUACCACUUCCCACCUGGCAUCGGAUACUUUGCCGCCUCGGUCCUCCCCGUCCUGCGCCCGGGCUCUGGCGUGCUGGCCUACACGGACGUUGUCCCGCCUCCGUCGUUCAGCAAGUGGCCCCUCAGCCUCGUCACUGGCUGGGUCGCGCCCGUUGCCCAUCUCCCCAACCGCAACCUCAACGCCCGCCCCAAGACCAUCGAGGCGUACGCUGAAAUGCUCGAAAAGCUCGGCUAUGUCGACGUCAAGAUUGAAGACUGGAGCAGCCACGUCUUCCCCGGCCUCUCGGCCAACCUGCAGAACAGGGGCCUGUUCUGGACCGGUGUCGCGCAGACUGUCAAGUAUGCGCACCGCUUCGGCUGGAAGUUCCUUGCUGUGCGUGGUGUGCGUCCCGACAAGGCGUAG